UCCAUCCCUCUAACACCUUCGCGAAUCCCUAAAACACAAACAAAUCGCGAGUCCCCAAAAAAAAGAGAAACCGGCUUCGUGCCUUAUCGAGCAAGUUUUAUUAAGUCAAUAACCGAUCGAAAAGAUAACCAAAGUCAUUCCCGCACCAUCCUCCCGGCAAUUCCAGCCAUCAGUUCCAUUCAGCAGUGCUUCGUAACCGGUACCGGGGACAAUACACCGCUUCCAGCCAAGCAUCACGUCGCGAAGGAUUCACCCGAGAUGAUGUCCAGAGUCUCUCUGUUGAAACUAGAACUGCUCGACGAGUCCGGAUCCGGCGGGGACAAAACCAUCCGGAAUGUGAUCCUGGCGGCCGUCGGAGUCAGCGUUGCGGCCGUCACCGGCUACGGCGUGUACAAGCUGGUCCGGCAGUAUCUGGAAAAUACUCCACCGAAGCAAUGGCGCCGCGUUGGCGAGCUCACCGACCUGCACGUCUACCCGAUCAAGUCGUGCGGCGCGAUCCGGCUCACCCAGAUGGACUGCUCCACCAUCGGACCCAAGCUCGGUCUGCUGCGCGAUCGAAUCUUCAUGGUGAUCCAAACCGACGGAACGUUCAUCACCGGCCGCUCUCACCCCAAGCUAGUGCUGGUGCAGCCACGCUUCGACGACCAGUACGAAACGAUGACCCUGUCCGCGCCCGGCAUGAUGGACAUCGCCGUCGACGUCAAGCGGCUCUUCUCCGUCGAGCCCGUCAAGGCGUCCGUCUGGGGCCAGACCGUGACGGCGGUCGACUGCGGCGAAGAACUCGCCCGCUGGCUGUCCCGCUUCCUGCUCAGUGAAGACUUCGGCCUGCGGCUGGUGUUCUACCCGCUAGCCCAUCCGACGCGGCCAGUCCGCGAGAAGAACCUCAUCCACAUCAACCUGACGCCGCGGGACUCCGGAGCGCUGCACGACGCCACCAGCUUCAUGCUCGUGUCGGAGGCGUCCGUGGCGGACGUGAACGCGCGCGUCGAUAAGCCUUGCUCGGCGGUGCAGUACAGGCCAAACUUUGUCGUGAAGGGACCGGGUGCGUUCGAGGAGGACGACUGGAAGUGGAUCAAGAUCGGCGAGACGGUGUACCGGAACGUGAAGGCUUGCACGAGAUGCAUCUUCACGAACGUCGACCCGGAAACUGGCAUUCCCAACAGCGAUGGUGAACCGCUGAAAACGCUCAAAUCGUACCGCAAGAAGCCCGGUCUGGGCGAUUCCCCUGUCGUGGGCAUGCAGAUGGGCGUCCGCCGCGAGGGAACCGUCCGUCUGGGGGAUGCCGUUUACGUCGGAUGCUAACCAGAAGGGAGCGCUGAAGAGUUACGACAGCUGCCGGUAGAAAAGCCAUUAUUGUAUUCACGCGGUGCAAUUUCCCACACAAAGACGCUCAGUUGGCCAUCGUCACGUUCUAAUCAUUUCCGAAGAGUUUUAUUUUUUAUGUGCUUUUACGUAGCGACGCAAAUAAAGAAAGUACGUUUGUUGAGUAAAUUAAG